CAUAGAAAAAGAAUUAAUCGAAAACCCCUCGCCUAAAUUUCUUGCAGAUCGUUCGGCUAUUCGAUUCUCCACCUAUUGAUUUGAUUUUGUUUCAGUUGAUUUUGAUUAUUAAAUCGAGAUUUUCAAGGAAAUGGAGGGUGUAUUAGCGGCAAUACUGAUGAUGAUCGUGGUAUUCUCCUUGAUUCCGCUCUAUUUGUGGAGGCGUCGCCUCGACUCUCGCCUUCCCCACCAACAUGAAGAAGAGCCACAGGUUGUACAAGGGGAACGAGUGGUUAGGGCUGGUAAUAAUCGGCGAAUGCGGCGAAGAACUGCUGCCAGCACAUCGUCAGCUGCCGCUAACGUCGAAGAAACUGAGGAUGGAAGUGAUGAUGAAGACGCAGCAGACGGGUAUAGGGCUAGAGCUUCGACAAAAAAGGAGAAGAAACGGCAAGAGCGAGAAGCACAACGCCAGGCUGAAGAUGCUGCACGUGACUCAAGGAGAACAAAACAAGAUCAUUAUGAUGAGAUGAGGAGGAAAAAGGAUGAGGAGCGAGAGGCUCAUGAAAGAAUGCUGGAAGAAGAAGCAAAAGCACGAAAAGCAAAGGAGGAAGAAGCUGCUGCAUUGGAGUUUGAAAAAUGGAAAGGAGCAUUUUCUGUUGAUGCUGAAGGAACGACCGAAAAUGAAGUGCAAGAUGGAAGCCAAGGAUUGCUCUUUGAUUUUGUGGAGUACAUCAAGAAGCAUAAAUGUGUUCCUCUGGAAGAUAUUGCUGCAGAGUUUAAGUUGCGAACUCAGGACUGUAUCAAUCGCAUUAACUCUCUAGAAACUAUGGGUAGACUAUCGGGUGUAAUGGACGACAGAGGAAAAUACAUAUACAUCUCACUGGAAGAAAUGAAAGCCGUUGCUGAUUACAUCAAGCGUGAAGGUAGGGUAAGCAUAUCGCACCUGGCUAGCAAGUCCAACCAGUUCAUAGAUUUAGAACCUAAAGCUGAGGUAGCGGAAGAUAUAAGCAGCAUAGAGGAGAUAACUUUUGCUUGAUCUGGUCUCUUGUUAACAGAAAUGUGUAUGAACUAACUGAUAGCUUGUUGAAUACAGUUAGGAAGACUGUACUUAGAGGUUACUUGAAAUUCUUCCAUAUGCCUCAACUUCUUCCAUUGGAGUACUUGUUUCUCUUCCUA